AUGUUCUCUUUUUCUUGGAAAACUUCUUUGAGUAUUUUGAUAUUUAUCUUGAUAGAAGGAAACCUUCAAACUUUAACAGCACAAACCUAUUUGCCUUCAGAGAAGAUCCAAGAACCCAAGAUUUUGGUUUCACCAUACAGGACAAGUUUACAGCCCUCAGUCCCUCUGUCUGCAGAAGAGAAGCCUCUUGACUACAGAAAAAACAAACGGCAGCUAUUAUUCCGCCAGAAGCGAGCCACUUUAUUUCCUAAUGGGGUUAAAAUCUGCCCAGAUGAAACUAUUGCACAGAUUGUGGCAAACCAUUUGAAAUAUUUUAAAGUCCGAGUGUGUCAGGAAGCUGUCUGGGAAGUCUUCAAGACCUUUUGGGAUCGGCUACCACGUCACGAGGAGUAUCGACACUGGAUGAAUCUCUGUGAGGAUGGAACUAUAAGUAUAUUUGAAAUGGGCACAAACUUUAGUCAGUCUGAAGAACACCAGAGCCUAAUCAUAAAGAAACUGGCUUACACAAAAGAAACAGCAAAUAGCUCCUGCAGCGACUGGUCUUGUAGCACUGAAUCAUCAACUCCUGUUACAUCUUAUGAUAUUUCAACAUCAAGAGAUGCUGCAGUCAGUGCAUCAUCCCCUAGGGUGGUUUCCUUUCAAGGUUCGUUAGACAGCAUCUCAGAAACACCGGAUGACAGUAUUAACAAUGAGAUAGAGACUUCGAGAGAAAAACCCACAAAACUGGCAACUGAACAGGUUGCAGAAUUCAGUAUGCACCUUUCAGGGAAGCAAUUCAAUGAUGAGCUCCAGGACCCUUCCAGCCUGCAUUAUCAAGAUCUCAUGCAGCAAUUUAUUUCAGAGGUUGAGAAAGCAUUUGAUGGGCUACCUGGCUACAAGGACAUCCAUGUGCUUGAAUUUAGGUUGCCUCAGGAAAAUGUCAGUGGCAUCGAUGUUCAUUAUGCUGUCACAUUUGACAGUGAGGCUAUCAGUAACAUUACCUGGGAAAUGAUUAACCUUCAUUCGAACAAAGUAGAAAACCAUGGCCUUGUGGAACGUGAGGAUAAGCCCACUGGUGUGUAUACAGUCAGCCACUUCAGAGACUACAUUGCUGAAAGCUUCACCAGGAAUUUCUUACUGGAAAACUCUUCCCUGAAGCCGGAUCUUGACUCCCUUCAGAUUGUCAAUGUGAAAGAUGCUUUCUUUCCCGAAACUGAAGACCCACUUUGGAAUGUUGAAAACCCAAGCCUUCUGGUGUCUCCACCCCUGAUCCUUGAUAAUACCCUUCAAGCUGAAUGGCCCUCAGCAGAUGAAUCAACUGCCAGGAGUAGUUCACCACUUGAUUUCACCAAACCAGGUUUCAUCUCUGGGGCUCUUUCAUCCACUGGCAGUGAGCUCUGGUCAAAAUCAGAAAGCCCUCCAGCAGAUUUAGUGUCUCCAUCAAAAUUACCCCUUCCCUCGAAGGUGGGUUCCACUUCUCCCCCAGAUGUUUUAGAGGGUAGCAGCCUCACUCUUCAUUCUGUCACCCCAGCAGUGCCUCAGACUGGCUUGCCUGUGGCUCCUGAGGAAUGGACUUCUGGACCUGAUUUAUUAGAUGAUGGACUAAGAAGCGUGGAAGAGCCAGAAGGUUUUUCUUCUUUCAUUCUAUUGACUUCAAAUCCACCCUCUCAUCUUGUGCCAACGCCAUCCAUAGAUGACUCUGAGUUGCCUUUGACUUCUUUAUCAACUUUGACCUCUCCAUCCAUAUUGGAUUCUCUUGCCAUAGAAAUUGCUACACCUUUUGACUUGGAUCCUUUGGCUUCCCCAGAGAAGGAUCAAUUAGAAGUGAGCAUUUUUCAGCCAGAAAUAUACCCUGAAAGUAGGCCCUUAUUUGAAGACCAAUCAGGUUCAGGAUCUGGGCAAGAGGCCCUUACUUGGCCGUGGAGCAAACCUUCAUUGCAUCAUGGCACUGAACCUCCUUCUGAAUCCUGGCUCGAAAAUGAGGAAUCACUUUUGCCAAUUGAGAGCAAAGAGAAGAAGCUAGAUAGAGCCACAAUUGAUAAAGCAGGGGGGCUUUUUGAUGAGUCUGAAGCUGCCCUUAGGGCUAAUGGUUCCAUCUUUGGAGUUACCACAACUCAAUCUGUCCCUGUGUAUCUCUCAAUGCGCACAUCAGAGGCAACCUCCAUUGAUCAUUAUUUUGUUCCCAAACCACCCUUCGCAUCAGAAUCUACAAUCACCUCUGCUUCUACUGAUAGACUAGAAAAGAUAGAAUCCUCCAAAGAACCGAAGCCAAUUGAAAUUUUAGAGUCAUCUAAUACAGAACUAUCUGAUAUAGACAUUUCAACAGGAAAGUCAGGCAUGGGACCUUUGUGGACUAGGCUUUCCACCCUAGAUGUAAUUCAGUCAACAACUUCCUCCCUAGGGAGACCAGCCCAAGACAUAAUGGCAAGUACAGCAAAGAAUAUUGUCACCCUCCUGUCUAGAGUCUCCGUUUCUGAGUCCACCAAGUUCUCUCCAACCCUCAGCUCCACGAAGCUGGAGGAUGAUGUGAUUAUGGAUGUACAGGACAUUUCAUUGGAACUGGACCAAGUGGGCACAAGAUACUACCAGCCUGCACUCAACCAAGAAGACAGUAGCAUUGUUGGUAGCCACGUGGAAAUAUCUACUAAUUUGCCCUCCACUGAGAGAGCUGAUGUUGUUUGGCCCACACAGAGAGCCUAUCCAAAUUACUCCCAGACAACAGGCCCUCUGGUGGUCUUCUUUAGCUUGCGGGUGAUGAACAUACUGUUUUCAGAGGACCUGUUUAACAAAAACUCUCCUGAGUAUAAAGCGCUAGAACAAAGAUUCUUAGAACUGCUAGUUCCCUAUCUUCAAUCAAAUCUCACUGGAUUCCAGAAUCUGGAAAUCCUGAACUUCAGAAAUGGCAGCAUCGUGGUGAACAGCCGGGUGAAGUUUGCUAAACCCGUACCUCACAAUGUCAACAAUGCUGUAUAUACAAUUCUGAAAGACUUCUGCAACACUGCCUACCAAACCAUGAACCUAGCCAUUGAUAAAUAUUCCCUGGAUGUGGAAUCAGGUGAUCAAGCUGACCCUUGUAAGUUCCAAGCUUGCAAUGAAUUUUCUGAGUGUGUGGUGAACCGCUGGAGUGGAGAAGCUGAAUGUGUAUGUUACCCUGGUUACCAGAGUCUCCAAGAACUGCCCUGUCAGAGUAUCUGUGAACUACAGCCCGAUUUCUGCCUGAAUGAUGGAAAGUGUGACAUUAUCCCUGGUCAUGGGGCCAUUUGUAGAUGCCGUGUAGGUGAGAACUGGUGGUAUCGAGGGGAACACUGUGAAGAGUACAUGUCGGAGCCCCAGGUGAUAGGAAUUGCUGUGGCCUCAGUGAUUGGCUUUCUUCUUGUAGUCUUGGCAGUCCUCUUCUUCCUGGCUAGGACUCUGAGAGACCAGUAUGCAAAGAGAGAAAGAAAAGGUUCCCUCAGGAGGAGACACAGCCCCCCAUCCCUUGAGAGUGCUGUGAAGUACAACCCUGUGUUUGAGGGUGAUGUCACUGGAGAUGAUCAGAAUGGGAGGAGCUACCCUCAGCUUACUUCCUACAGCUCUGCCAGCGGAGAGGUGCCUACUGCCUUCAGCGGUGAAGAAAUCAGACACAUCCACGAGGACCAUGAGCUUACCAGUGAGGAGAUUCAAGAAAGAGCCAGGCUUUUUGAACUUUAUGCCAAAGACCAACAGUUUGCAGAAUUUGUGAGACAACAUCAAAUGAACCUGCUGUAACAAAAACAUCAAUUUUGAAAGAAAUUGGAAGAGGAAGAUUGCAUGCUAC